GUGGGCAAUGCAGACGUGAAUGCAAAAAGGAAAUACAUGUCGUGUGAAUGACGCUGCUCAAUUCGAGGUUUGUUGUGUGGUGUUGUUGGAGCUGCCAAAUUCAAAAAGAUUCCUUUUAUUUCUUCCUAAUGGAAGACUAUUUCGAUCCAAAUAAAUCAUCUGCUCUUUUCCGCUAUAAGGUGGCUACCAUUCAAAGUCAUGGUUUAACAAAUACAAUCUGGUUUACAGCAGGGUUAGACGCAAUGCCAUCUGAAAUGGUUAAAUAUUUCUUCCAUUAAUUGGCCUUGUCAACCAGCUGUUCCAUCCAUAGCUUGCAGCCCAUGAAAUAUACCAUGCAUGUACAUAUAUUUGUUGACAAAACAUAAAAAAACACCCAAGCUGUAUUUCGAUGGUGUGGUAUAAAUACCCGUGGCAUCAAAGAUCGAAGACAUAACCCACUGAGACAACAGCAAUAAUGAAAUACUUUGUGAUCUGUGCUUUGGCUGCUCUCGUCGUCAUCCAGGCCGCGUCGGGAUUCAAAAUCAGGCGCGUUGUCUAUGUGGUUCCAGUGGCGCCAAGUACCACAACAAUUGCACCCGUCGCAGGAUCUAAUACGACAGUUGCGAGUGUAACAACAGCGGCUCCACCCAAGGUGAUAUACUGCUCCUGGAAGAACAAUUGGUGUCGGCCGGCCUCGAACACGGUGACGAACUGCAAGUGGGGCAUCUGCAAAUACACUGGCUAAAAAUGCUAUAGACAUAAUUAUCAAGUAGCCCAACAAUAAAAUAAACAAUCUUCAAACAUAUUGUAGCACAAUUUUUGUGGAUUUUAUUUGAAAGUCUGGCUUGGUCAAAAAAGACUUGCUGGAACGGUUGGUUUUAUUCUUAUUCAAAUACUAUGGCCAAUCCCAGACGGAUCACGACCCAAACUGACCCAAACUGGCCUUUGCGUUGUGGGGUUCAUACGAAAGCGUUGCCAAAAAUAAGUAAUAGCCCAGAGUAGGUCUUAGAGGCUAACUAAAUUCGAUCCAGGAAAACAUCAUCACCUAAUCGGGCUAAAGCUUAAUGGGUUAGCGCUAGGGUAGAGAGUACUUGGGGGAGUAGUAAUGUUGGUUGUUUGGGCUAGUAAUGUUAAUACGAUGAGUGGGGGAGGUGAGAUAAGAUGACUACCAUGAACAUGGUGUGAACCAAUACCAAUACAAUACUUUUGGUUAAACUAAGGCUACAUAAGGGUUAGGCCAUGACUAAACUUAACUUAGGAUAUGCAUAUGUGGGAUGGACAAAAGCUUUAGUCGAUAGAUCGCCCAGGGUUUAUACUUUUUGCAUUGCUAGCUAGCAAUUGAUUUUAUUAUGCCAUUUCACGUGGAUAGCUACAAAAAUGAUUCAAACUCUUUUCACUCAAAAUGAAUAUUCUUCGACGGUUUACAAAAAACAAAAAAACAUUUUAUGAUGGCUUUUCAUUGAGAGUAGGGGGACAAUGUAGUUUGAAAUUUAUCAAAAUAGAAACAGUCGAUAAUUGAUAAGUCCUCUCGUACAAAUAUCUGAGUAGACAAUUCAUAUUGAUGUCGUUUAGUGUUCUUUAUAUUGUUUAUACUUGCAAAUAUAUAUAUAUAUAUAUAUAUGUGAUAAUGUUAUACAAUAAUAUAAGUUCGAUUUAUAACAUGUUUCGUCAAAACCCUUUUUUUUAGAGUUACGUUUCUUUUCUUUUCCUCGUUUCGUUUUGUUUUCUUUCCUUUUGUUAAUUUUGUGGUCCAGUGCGGCCACUGAGCAGAGCUUAUUGUAUAUUUGUAUUAAUUAUAGUAAUCUUUAUUCGAUUCGCUUCUUCUCUAACUUUUGCAGCAGCACUCAAAACGCUUCACAGCAAAUAACGUUUAUAGAAUUUUUGCAUUGAUUUUACAAAAAUAUACA